CCGCGGCGGUCCUCCAGCAUCCCGCCAUGCUCCGGGACCCGGAAGUUGGGGCGGCCCCCGCGGUGCAUUGUGGGCCGGUCCUCCCGCGGCCCAGCAUGCCCCGCGCGGCAAGAUGGCGCUGCCCAGCAGGGGCGGUAUGGAGCGGUACCUGGUGCUGGGCCGCAUCGGGGAGGGGGCGCACGGCGUCGUCUUCAAGGCCAAGGACAGGGAGACGGGCGAGACGGUGGCCCUGAAGAAGGUGCCGCUGCCGCGCCCCGAGGACGGCGUGCCCCCCCCCGCGCUGCGCGAGAUCAAGGCCCUGCGCGAGAUCGGGGACAGCCCCCAUGUGGUGCGGCUGCGCGCCGCCUUCGCGCACGGCUCCGCCGUGGUGCUGGCCUUCGAGUUCGUGGCCGGCGACCUGGGGGGGCUCCUGCGGGCAGCCCCCGCCCCCCUGCCCCCCCCCCGCGUCCGCGCCCUCCUGGCCAUGACCCUGCAGGGGCUGGGCCACUGCCACCGCCUGCGCAUCCUGCACCGGGACCUGAAGCCGGCCAACCUCCUGAUCGACGGCGCGGGGCGGCUGAAGCUGGCCGACUUCGGGCUGGCCCGCGUGCUGGCCCCCCCCCGGGGGCGACCCUACAGCCACCAGGUGGCCACCAGGUGGUACCGAGCCCCCGAGCUGCUCUACGGCGCCCGGCACUACGACGAGGGCGUCGAUUUGUGGGCCGUGGGCUGCAUUUUCGGGGAGCUGCUGAACCUCUCCCCGCUGUUCCCGGGGGAGAACGACAUCGAGCAGCUCUGCUGCGUGCUGCGCGCCCUGGGCACCCCCAGCCCCAGCGUCUGGCCGGAGCUGGCGCAGCUCCCCGACUACCCCAAGAUCUGGUUCCGGGCGCAGGACCCGGCCCCGCUGGAGGAGCUGGUGCCCGACGCCCCCCCCGCCGCCGUCAGCCUCCUGCGGCGCUUCCUCGUCUACCCCUCGGGGCAGCGCAUCCGCGCCCACCAGGCCUUGCUGCACCCCUACUUCUUCGGCCCGCUGGAGCUGAGCCCCCCGCCCUGGGGGGGCACCCGGACGCCCCCCCCCGAAUUCCGCCUCGACGCCCCCCUGCUGCCGGCGCUGCCCCCCCCCGGCGCCCUGGCCCCCGCCGCCGCCCCCAUGGGGCCCCCCCCAUCCUGAUGGACCCCCCCGGCGAGCCCCCCCCCCCCCCCAACAGAGGCAGAAACGGAGCGAAAAAAUGAAAAAACGGCAAAAAAAAACGGCGAAAACGGUGCUCGGGGGGCGGCUGAAAAUGGCGAUUUAACAGGAGUUUUUU